GCGGUGUCAAUGUUUUUUCAGUAAUACGUAGGAUAACAUAAAACGUGUUGAGUUGUCCCGUAUUUUUAUUUCCUGCUGCAUAGAAUAGAUCUAUUGAUUAUGAAUUACGGAGUUAUUUUGAUUGUCUUGACUUUAGUGUCCACAAAUUUAGUACAUGGUCAGAGUUACCGACCCAAUGGUUACGCUGGGAGUAACUACGCCGGGGGCAGACCCAGUGGGCGCUACACUCAGGGCGGCAGGUGCCCGGCCCAGGCCUGCACCCUCCAACUGAUCCCCCCGGAGUGUCGCCAGAGGCAGUUCUUUGCUUAUAACGGCAGGAUGUGUCCCGGAUGUGACGUCGAUAUCUGUACCGGAGUCAACACCGGAGUGGGCGCCCAAUUCAACAACUUUCCCUCAAACUCUCUACCGCUCGGAUUCUAAAUCACUGCCUGCUUUGCAUUGCUAUGACUAAACCACAGAAUUCGUCAAUUUCGAAUCGUAAUUGUAAAUUUUUCGAUUUCAAAAAAAUACGUCUGAGUAUUUAAUUUCUUGAUUUUCGUGUAUAUGUAGUUCACGACAAUAUCUUUUCGCGGAAAUGAAUAAACAGUUGACGAUC